GCCUGCGGCCGGCUCACCUGCCACUCCCAGCCAAUCCAGGCCACCAGAAUUGAGGCUGCCCGCGCGGGAGGGGGUGAGGGGGAGUGGAUGCUGCGAGCCUGCGGGCCGAGCUGCCCUCCCAGCGGAGUUCCCUCCCGGCCGGCGGCGCUCCCGAGCUUCGUCCCAGCCUCUGGCUGCAAUUCCCGCGCCCCUUGGCGUCCCGCUCCGUUCGCUGGGACGCGCCCCGACGGCGUCCGGAGCUGCCUUCGCUGGUCGUGCCCACGGCUGCCCGCCGUCCUCCCUGUCCCUUCCAGUCCCACGAAGGGGGUGGACCCGGGCCGGGCAGCGCCUCCGAGACAGGAUGUUCACGUCCAAGUCCAACUCUGUGUCGCCAUCGCCGUCCCUGGAGCAGGCUGACGCGGACGCGCUGGACAUCAGCACCAAAGUGCAGCUCUAUGGGGUUCUGUGGAAGCGGCCGUUCGGGAGAUCGUCGGCCAAGUGGUCCAGGCGGUUUUUUAUCAUCAAAGAAAGCUUUCUGCUUUACUAUUCUGAGAGUGAAAAGAAGAGCUUUGAAACCAAUAAAUACUUCAAUAUCCAUCCUAAGGGUGUCAUCCCACUGGGCGGCUGCCUGGUGGAGGCCAGAGAAGAACCCAGCAUGCCCUACGCCAUGAAGAUCUCACAUCAGGACUUCCACGGAAAUGUCUUGUUGGCUGCUGAGUCUGAGUUUGAGCAGACACAAUGGCUCGAGAUGCUGCAGGAGUCUGGGAAGGUGACCUGGAAAAACGCCCAGCUAGGAGAAGCUAUGAUCAAAAGCCUGGAGGCACAGGGGUUACAGCUGGCGAAGGAAAAGCAGGAAUAUUUAGACAAGCUGAUGGAGGAGACAGAGGAACUGUGCCUUCAGAGGGAGCAGAGAGAGGAGCUGGAACGUCUGAACCAGGUGCUGGAGGCCGAGAAGCAGCAGUUCGAGGAGGUGGUGCAAGAGCUGAGGGUGGAGCAAGAGCAGAUCAAGAGGGAGCUAGAACUCACUGCAAGAUGCCUCAAGGGUGUGGAACAAGAGAAGAAGGAGCUGAGGAAUCUCACAGAAUCCUUACAGCACACCCUGGAGGAACUCUCCAUAGAGAAGAAGAAAACCCUAGAGAUGCUGGAGGAAGAUAAGAACCAGCCACAGCCAUCGACCAAUCAGAGUGAGCAGCCACUUGCCAGUGAUGGUCUCCAUAGCAACCUCAGGCAGAUCGAAGAGCGGAUGCAGGAGCUUUUGGCAGAGAAGCUUCUGGCCGAGAAGCGGAUGAAGGAGAAUGAAGAGCGCUCACGGGCCCUGGAGGAGGAACGGGAGUUCUAUUCAAGCCAGUCUCAAGCUCUGCAGAACUCGCUUCAGGAGCUGACUGCGGAGAAGCAGCAGGCUGAGCGGGAGCUGAAGGCUGAAGUGAAGGUGCGCAUGGACCUGGAGAGACGACUUCGCGAGGCAGAGGCAGCCUUGCGGAGCCUGGAACAAGGGCUCAAUUCCAAGGUUCGGAACAAGGAGAAGGAAGAGAGGAUGCGGGCUGAUGUGAGCCACCUGAAAAGGUUCUUCGAGGAGUGCAUCCGCAACGCAGAGCUUGAGGCCAAGAUGCCGGUCAUCAUGAAGAACUCCGUGUACAUCCAUAAGGCCGCCACUCGCCGCAUCAAGAGCUGUCGUUUCCACCGUCGCCGGUCCAGUACCUCCUGGAAUGACAUGAAGCCAUCCCAGUCCUUCAUGACCUCCCAGCUAGAAGCCAACAACAUAGAAGAGCUAAAGGAGGUGGCCAAGCGGCUGAGCCGAGACCAGCGCUUCCGAGAAUCCAUCUACCACAUCAUGGCCACCCAGCCUGGGGCCACUGCGCUCCCCCGGGGUGGGAAGUGAUGGUAAUCCUCUCCCACCUCCUCUCUCUCUCCUUGGUAGGGUAGGAGGGAGGCCUGACUCUCCUCGGCUCCUCUCCACCAGAGCGCCCCUAGGGGAGGGGUACCCUUAUUCUCAAAGGAGGUGAUAAGUCCCUCUGUUUUACCUUGAGCCCUGACCUUGGAGAUCAGAAGAGAGUGUCGGAGUCCCUGGAACUGGAGUUAUGGAUGGUUGUGAUCCACUCUGUGGGUGCUGGGAAUUGAACCUGGGUCCUCUGGAAGAGAUCACAAGUGCUCUUAACCACUGUGCCAUCUCUCCAGGCCUGAGCCCUGACCUUGGGUCUACCCUAGGUAGGUGGCUCCACACUGGAUGCUACCUGGUUGUCAUGAUGAGGCCCGACUGUGUGUGGUAUCUGUUGGUCAGGAAGAGAAAAUGUCUAUUCCACAAGGGUAGGCAGGGCCUGCCCACUGGCUGAGGACUGGAAAAAACUUCCCUGGUACCAUCUGUGACUCUGCUGCUCUGCCCCUGGUCACAGGACCCCCCCCCUAACUCUCUCUUUGCCCCUCUUCCUCCUAUACAACCUUUGUCCAGGCUCCUCACUUAGUCCACGUCCUUGGAGAGGGAAGAGCGGGUUCUAAGACACAACCCCACACCCCCCUGCAGUAUUCUAUUUCGUGGGGGCUGCCCUGGCUGUAGGGCCACCCAGGCCUCCCCUCCUAUUUACGAGUGAGCUUCUCCAUAUACAGCCUCAACAGAGGGAGUGGGAGAAGUGUGUGAUCCCACUUGGGGAAAAAUCAGCCCUGAUUGGGAGCUCUCAACCCAGGACGUUCCCCAGAGUACACACAGCCGGAUCAGGAGUGAGGAAGCCAAGGCUCCUGUAUCAUCCAUCCACAGUCAGGCAGAGCUUUGGCGGCCUCAGGCUGCUGUGGCCCCUACUGCCACAGACCACAGAGGCCUGUCUCCUUCCCAGCUGGCUCCGCUUGCUGCCUCCGCUCCCAGAAGCGGCUUCACUCAGUGAACCAAUGCAGCCGUGAACCCACCACAGGGGAACAUGGGCCCGUGGGGAGCCAGGAGCCAUUGGCUGGUUCAUUGCUGUUGUCAUGGCGACACUGUAACACCAGCCUGCAGAUUUUGUGGAAGACCACUAUGUUUCAGGACGCCAAGGACCGCGUUCCUCAUCUGUGACAGUCUCUAGGGGCUCAUCCCUCGGAAGAUGGCUGAGUCGAUCAUUCUCUCCAAACAAGACUGGGGGAGGGCUAGUGGAGAGGUGGUGCCGUGGUUAAGGACACUUGAUGCUCUUACAGAGGACCCAGAUUUGGUUCCCAGCACCCACAUGGUGUCUCACAACCAUCCGUAACUCCAU